AGCUUAGUACUUCAAAGCCUGGGGCUAGAAAGUGGUAUCUUUACUUAUAAUUGUGGUUGACAAUUUUUCGGAAAUUUUGUGCCAGUGUUAACUUUGUUGAAAAUGUCCUAUAAUAACUCACCACCUGACCAUCAUCAGGACGUAUUUCACUAUGGAUACCCUACUCAUAAUUAUCACUAUAUUUCAGAUGGUGGCAGUACGGCAGGGGGCGACGAUACAAAUUUCUGGUCCCACAGUCCGUCCAGAUCUGAUUCCCCAUCCCCAAAUACUUUACAAGGUGCCAUAGGAGGUACAUACCAAAUUUACGCACAAGUAGGAUGUUCCACGCCGAAUAGAUACACUCCGUAUAGAACAUCGUAUUCAACCAUAAACGCAGAAAAUGACGUUUCUGCACAUAUACACACUUCAGGACCCUAUGUAAGAGUCGUAAAAAGGAGGUCAACAGCAAACAAAAAAGAGAGGAGAAGGACACAAUCAAUUAACAAUGCAUAUGCAGAUUUGAGGGACUGUAUACCAAAUGUACCAGCGGAUACAAAGUUAUCGAAGCAAGGCAAUCGCAAAAACUCGUCCAACAAAAUGAUAAAUAAUGCUUACGAAUUUUUGAAGGAAUGCAUUCCCAACGUUCCUGUAGAUACAAAAUUGUCUAAGAUUAAAACUUUGAGGUUAGCUACUUCAUACAUUUCCUAUUUGACUAGAGCAUUAGAAUCCGAUGAUCCAGCAGGAGGUUUCAAAGCAGAACUGGGAACGAUGUCCAGAAAAUCGAAUAAUAACCCUGUUCAAGUGAAUAACUGCUCAGUUGGACAAGUAUCACCUAAAAGUGUCAAUUCGGAAGAUAUGGGCAACUCGAGGAAGGCAAAAGGGCGUACAGGUUGGCCUCAGCACGUGUGGGCAUUAGAACUCAAGCAGGAACAAGCACUUUAAUCCAGCGGCGUCGUCUUCUAGAAGACGAGUGGAUAAAAUAUGGGAAAUUGUGAUGUAAUGUAUAAUUUCUGUGGAAUUUAUGGUUACCGAUACUUUUUGAUCAGUGUUAGAAUGUUUAGUGUGCUCCUAUUUACUUGUUUGUCGAGUUUUUCUAUCGUGUAUAGUUCUGAAUAAUGUGGUCAUUACAGAGGCUGCAGAAAUUGUUAAGAAAUUCUGGUAAUUUUUUUCUUUUUUCCAUAUGUUUUCAUUAAAUUGAUGAUUAAAGUGUAAUGUGGUUUACUAGCCUCAUGAGACGGAACUCAAAUCGAAUAACUAGGUACAGUUGGAUAUUUUGACACAGGAAGUUUUAUAAAAUUACCAAUUAUGGUAGUAAUUUUCAAAAUACCAUAAUGAGAACAAAAAAAAAACAAAAAACUGCAGGUAUCUAUUUACAGAGUCCUAUUAAUUUCCCGAUAAGUGACAUAAAAACGUAAUAUAUCAAUGUUAAAAUAUGGUGGUCAAGCGAAACAGAGACUGCAUUAACAUUUCAGAAAAUGAGAGAAGAACAUUCUCUCUGAUAUUUGUAACUACACCACUUACACCUCCCAAACGAGGGUAAGAAACAUCCGAAAAUUUUUCAAUCACAUUUUGUUUGUUAGAAAUUUCAUAAAGCCCUCUUCAGAGUACUCUUUGCAUUUUGAAAUGCCGCCUAAUAGUUUUGUGACAAGUUACAUUUUAAUGUUUGAAUUAAUAAACACCUGCUUGCAAGAUAUCGCCGUUAUCGUUCACAACAUUUUCUUUGACACUAGAUCGGAAGAAAAGGCAGCUUGGAAUGGCCACCGUGAUCUCCAGGUUUGUCAGCCCUUUUGUGUGAAUGCCAGCAGUGUCUUUCGAAGAUUUAUGUUGGAGAAUUGUUUAGGACUUCCAUUGAAUCAGUCUGAAUAUGCUUCGGAAUAUAAGGGAACAUUUUGAAAACAAAUUUUAUUAAUGUAUGGAUGAGGCAUACAUUCAGUUUAAAUUAUUGAGUGAAUGAAUGGAACUGUAGGACAAAUAUGGCAUGUGUAUCUUGGACCAAGAUUAUGUAUCCUCCAUAGUCAGGAGAUGGAAACUAUAAACUCCUGGAAUUUAUACAAAACAAUCAUUAAACAACGGAUUUGUACUCAGGUCCGCAUAUACAUACAUCAAGUCAUCGUCCUCAAAAAUAAUUAUAAUUUAAAUGUGCUGGUUUUUUAAUAGUAAUCGGUGUAGUUAUAAUUUGCCUUUAUUUACGAUAGGUGCUCAAAUUCAAAUGACCAUACUUUCUCAAUAUGUAUAUUAUGUUUGUUUUUAUGAAAUUUUUGUUUAUCUUGAAGCUCUCAAUACUGCGGGAGAUCUAUUUUGAAGCCGUCUGCGGAUUUAUUUCCUUAUGGCUGUUUCAAAUGUUUGUUCUCUUGAGAUGUUUAGGAAACCACCAUUUCAACUGAACCAUUUCAAAAUGAAAAUUGUUGAACUUAACGACUACUAUUCAUAUGGAGAAUUUGAGGAGCUCAAUACUACAAUUUCUUUAACCUCUAAUGCCAUAGAAAUAUUUUGUCGGAUAAUUCUUAACCUCUAUUGGAGAUGCAAAUGGUGGAGUCACAAAUACCAAAAAAAGUACUCUCUUUUGAUGAAAAAUCUAUGGAUCCCUACGUUUAUGUAAAAUAUUAGCAACGGUUCUGUCGCUUACCUUUGACCAUCCUGUUAAUCAUUAGAUCUCUUUCUCCAAUAGCUAACUGUACCUAGAUAUAUAAUUUGAAACGAGAGGCGUUUUCUGGCGCUCAUGUAUUCAAAACGUAUUCGUCUGUGAUUCAAAUAUUGUGAACAUGGCAUUGAAACAUAGCAUUCAUGAUGAUUCAAAACUAGCUUUUGAAACGGAAUUUGAUGUUAUGUUACAUCAGUUGUCAGUUUCUGCUUUAUUUGGAUCGUUAUAGUUUAUAAAGUGCUGAUUUUUUUUUAUCAAAUAUGUUGAAAGGAUAUACAAAAUAAAGCUACAGAAUUAUUACUUGCACAAAUCCGAUUCUAAUUGAGGUUACAGAAAAUUGAAAAGUUUGUUUUAUUAUUGAAUUUGACAUCUGUCACAAAUUGAAUAACUCCAUUCUAGCGAAUCUUAUUAUUAAUGACGUCAGUACGAAUCGGUUUUUGAAUACACGCUCGAAUACGAUUAAAUGUCAGAAAACACGUCAGAUUAUAACUUCGCGAAUGAUUUAAUCUCUAGUAGUUCCACAAAUUUGAUAGUGAUAAUAUUAGAACAAGAUUUUUCCAUUAUUUCAUGUGGUUGAAAGAAAUAAACUCCUAAAUACAUGAAUGCAAGUAAGCUUAUUCCUUCUACAGUUCAAUUUGUUAAGAGAUGCUCUCAUCAUUAACAUUCAUAAAUCUGCCCUUUCAUUCAUUAUCAAAAAAUAUAUACAUUCAUUAUUCGAUUUCCUUAAUUAAAAUUCUUUUGCCGAAAUAGAAUAUUUUCAAAUUCAAUAUCUUUUCGCAAAAUGAUUUGAUGUUAUUAUCAAUGUAAUUUUCAGUAUAGGAACAUGGUAAACCUUCACAGCUUUUUUCGUUAUUUUUCUUUCUGAAACAUCAAUAAUUUCAUAAAAGAGCUGAAAAUAUAUAUGCAUUACUAAUACAUCUAUAUUUCAUUUCGAUUGUAAUGGUUCUUUUAAACGACUAAUUUUUGUUCCGCAAUGUUUCCCUUUUUUGAAUGCAUAUUUAUUUUUUUAAAUACACUUGUAAAUUUUAUCGGUAAUUCUCCUUGAAUGUAUGUGAAUCUGGUCCAUUUAACUGAGUUUAUUCACCCUGGACUCACGAGUAUAUCUUGAGAUUCUUGAGUUAUUUCAAUUGUAGAAAUUUCCUUCGAACUGUGUAUAAUAUAUCUAUUUAAGUCAGAAAGCACCAGAUGGCCCCUUUGUGUAUACAUUUACCUACACCUUACGAAUUUUAUAUAUUAUAAUUAUAGUUGGUUUAUAAUUAGAUAUUUACGUUACCGAUUCUGUUUAUGUUUUUUAAUUUGUAUUUAUAGAAGGAGUCGAUAUUAUUGUACAUUCAUAAAUUUAACUGAUUUAUGGGCUAUUAUCAACUUAUUCGCUAUGCAAUAAAAUUCGUUUGUAAAUAUUUUUUCCAUCUCAGUAAAUGAGAUAUCUUUA